GUUUAUAUUCCUCGGAGACAUCACAUUUCGUACCGACACCGUUUUAUUUUAAAUGUUAUAGAAUAUUUAGUUGAUAUAUCUGAAAGUUCAGUGGCCAUUUUGUUUUGGAUUUCAUUUGUUUUUAGUUACUUGAGUUAUUAUUCAAGAUGAAUACCAGCCAUUUCAUCAUAUUCUCAGCGCUGAUAGUUAUCUGCGGGAGCCAGAGAUCGCCAUAUGCUGGUCGUCGGCCCAUAGGCUUCCCAGUAAUCGAAGCUACUACAUUAGCGAGUGCGCAAAGUGAUUCUCUAGGAAAUAGAUUUGAUACUCCGGAAAAUGCAACCACACAGCGGUUACCACUUGAAGCUUUGGGAGAUAGAGAUCUCAUCAAUCGUCUUGGACAGUUCCCGCAGGACAAACAACCUUUCUGGUUUAUCAAUUGGCAAGCACUGGAACAACAAAGACAAAAGCCACAGUCUUAUCCUUUAAGACCAAGCUCAUUCGCUGCCAACUCUGCCAUACCUAUCCAAACGGUACAGACAAAUCAAGUAUCAACAGAGACAAAUCAAGUAUCCACAUAGACAAAUCAAUCAUCCGUACAGAUCAAUAGAAAUGUAACAAGCACUUAAGGAAAAUCUAAAAUGUAUUAGCUAACCUAUAUGGUCAGAAUACCUAUUUUUUUAAAUAAAUAAGAUGAUGAUCAAUUCAGGAA